AUGCAUCCACCCGGAAGCACAGGUUCCAGGCCAGCUGUUGAGCAAAAGGGCAGGCAGCGAGAGGGCCUCGCGCGUUGGUGGUGCGAUUCAGCACAGCCACAGAAAGCAAAUGGCACGGUCGCUCCCGCAUGGUCAUCCCUAUGCCGUGAGGCUCAUUGGCCAUCAGCCCUGGAAGCGGGGUGCGACCCCACCAUGCUCGAGGCUGCCUUCUGGACCGUACGGUUUCCAUCCCUUUUGACGCCAUCCAGGUGGGUGCGCGACUCCCCUCCUGCUGGCCCCAAACAGCCGGUGGCCCUGUUCUUGCAUUCUUUAAAGGACUCCCGCGCUGCUGUCCUGAGCCACGCCCGCUUUCCCAACAUCACAACAGCCAACAUGUCGCCCUCCUACACCAUGUCCUCCCACCUCUGCAAGCAGAUUGCCUCCUCCUGGCGCCAAACCCGCCACGGCUCCCCCGACCCGACCUCCCCCACCCUCCAACCCGCCGCCGCCUACUUCCCCUCGCCCUCGCCCUCGCCCUCGCGCGAGAAGCGCAGCAUGGACAGCGACAGGAGCGACUCCCCCAUCAUGACCCGCUCCUCGAGCGUCACCUCCUGGCGUAGCGCCGGCAAAUGA